UCCAAUUCUUACAUAAGCAAUUACAUAUCACACUCAAAGCAAUUAAAUAGAGCCUUCUGUGACUCUUUCAUAGCUCUUUUUUGGACCCAUCCUAAGCUAAAGCUCUUCAAAACCUUCAUUUCUGACGGGGUAAAAUCCAUUCAAGUAGGUCCUAACACAUUCUUAACAUCAGGCAUCGAAUGUAACUUCCACUAUAAUACAUGUGGUGGCAAGGUCCAUCCUUUAUACACUUACCGACUUCACAAUGGCCAUAUGUAUCUACUCUUUCUCUUUUUUCUUCUCAUAAAUCUGUCCUACCCUUCGAGCGUAUUAGUCAUUAUGACACUCUCAUUAGGAUCACUAUAUACAUUCUUCUCUUCAUUCGUAGGAAAUUCUAUAAUAAGCCCUCUCAACAUAAGCAAAAGUGCCUUGAAAAAGAACGGAACUCUACCUCUCCAGAAUAGAAACUUUGCCGCGAACAUCAGAGAGAAUCGGUCAGAAUCUCAACAGAUCGAGAGGCUUUCUAUUUUGGAGAGGUAG